GCAUCUGAAGAAACCUCCCUCAGGGCAUUGGAAAGUCUGAUGACAGAGUUUUUUCAUGACUGUACAACCAAUGAGAGAAAACGUGAGAUAGAGGAGCUUCUUAAUAACUUUGCCCAGCAAGUAGGAGCCUGGAGAUUCUGCCUGUACUUUCUCUCCAGCACUAGGAAUGACUAUGUAAUGAUGUACAGUUUGACGGUUUUUGAGAAUCUGAUCAAUAAAAUGUGGCUUGGGGUCCCAUCUCAGGAUAAGAUGGAAAUCCGUAGCUGCCUACCCAAACUCCUUUUGGCUCACCACAAAACCUUACCUUACUUUGUCCGGAACAAGCUCUGCAAAGUUAUUGUUGAUAUUGGCCGUCAGGAUUGGCCCAUGUUCUAUCAUGACUUUUUUACUAACAUUUUACAGUUGAUUCAGUCCCCUGUGACUACCCCCCUUGGGCUGAUCAUGUUGAAAACAACUUCAGAAGAGCUGGCUUGUCCCCGUGAGGACCUCAGUGUGGCUCGGAAAGAGGAGUUGCGGAAGCUGCUGCUGGACCAGGUGCAGACAGUGCUUGGCCUACUGACAGGUAUCUUGGAGUCUGUCUGGGACAAACACAGCGUUACUGCCGCCACCCCGCCACCAUCCCCAACCUCAGGAGAAAGUGGUGACUUACUGAGUAACCUGUUGCAGAGUCCUAGUUCAGCCAAACUGUUGAAUCAGCCAAUCCCAAUCCUUGAUGUGGAGAGUGAGUAUAUCUGUUCCCUGGCCUUGGAGUGCCUGGCCCAUCUCUUCAGUUGGAUUCCUCUGUCUGCCAGCAUCACCCCAUCCCUCCUUACUACCAUCUUCCACUUUGCGCGCUUUGGCUGUGACAUCCGGGCCAGAAAGAUGGCAUCAGUUAACGGCAGCAGUCAGAACUGUGUGUUGGGUCAGGAACGCGGCCGGCUUGGGGUCCUGGCCAUGUCCUGCAUCAAUGAACUCAUGUCCAAGAACUGUGUGCCUAUGGAAUUUGAGGAGUACUUACUGCGUAUGUUCCAGCAGACUUUCUACCUCCUGCAGAAAAUCACCAAGGAUAACAAUGCCCACACGGUCAAGAGCAGGCUAGAAGAACUUGAUGAGAGCUACAUCGAGAAGUUUACUGACUUUCUGCGGCUCUUUGUGAGUGUUCACCUAAGAAGAAUUGAGUCCUACUCCCAGUUCCCCGUGGUGGAAUUUUUGACACUUUUGUUUAAGUACACAUUUCAUCAGCCUACUCAUGAAGGUUACUUCUCUUGUUUGGACAUCUGGACGCUGUUUUUGGACUAUCUGACAAGUAAAAUUAAAAGUCGUCUGGGAGACAAGGAAGCAGUGCUCAACAGGUACGAAGACGCUCUAGUCCUCUUGCUCACGGAGGUGUUGAAUCGAAUCCAGUUCAGAUACAACCAGGCCCAGCUGGAGGAGUUGGAUGACGAGACUCUGGAUGAUGACCAGCAGACAGAGUGGCAGCGGUACUUACGCCAGAGCUUGGAGGUAGUGGCCAAAGUGAUGGAGCUCCUUCCCACACACGCCUUCUCGACACUGUUCCCAGUUCUUCAGGACAAUUUAGACGUUUAUCUGGGGUUACAGCAGUUUAUAGUUACUUCAGGGUCAGGUAAACUGGUUUUAUUUUCUAAUUUAACCCACUUUUUUCUUACCUGCUUUUUUGCCAACAGGUUGGUCAAAGUCACUCUGUAUGGAUCUCAGAUAAAACUGUACAACAUUGAAACUGCUGUGCCAUCAGUAUUGAAACCUGAUCUCAUUGAUGUGCAUGCCCAGUCCCUGGCCGCCCUGCAGGCGUACUCUCACUGGUUAGCACAGUAUUGCAGUGAAGCGCAUCGGCAGAACACCCAGCAGUUUGUCACACUCAUCUCCACUACCAUGGAUGCAGUCACACCUCUAAUCAGCACCAAGGUCCAAGACAAGCUGCUGCUAUCUGCGUGCCACCUGCUGGUUUCACUGGCCACCACUGUGAGGCCCAUCUUUCUGAUCAGCAUCCCCUCAGUGCAGAAAGUGUUCAACAGAAUCACCGAUGCCUCUGCUCAGCGACUUGUUGACAAGGCUCAGGUGUUGGUGUGCCGAGCCCUCUCCAACAUCCUGCUGCUUCCAUGUGCAAACCUCUCAGAGAGUGAGCAGCAGUGGCCCAUGCGCUCCGUCAACCAUGCCAACCUCAUCUUCGCACUCUCCCGGGACUAUCGCAACCUGAAACCCACUGCUGUCGCCUCUCAGAGGAAGAUGCCCCUGGAUGAUACCAAAGUGAUUAUCCACCAGACACUUAGUGUCUUAGAAGAUAUCGUGGAGAGUGUCUCCGGGGAAUCCACCAAGUCCCGACAGAUCUGCUACCAGUCACUGCAGGAAUCCGUGCAGGUCUCCCUGGCCCUCUUUCCAGCUUAUAUUCACCAGUCAGAUGUGACUGAUGAGAUGCUGAGCUUUUUCCUCACUUUGUUUCGAGGCCUUAGAGUACAGAUGGGUGUGCCUUUCACUGAACAGAUCAUACAGACUUUCCUCAAUAUGUUUACCAGAGAACAAUUAGCCGAGAGCAUCCUCCACGAAGGCAGCACUGGCUGCCGGGUGGUCGAGAAGUUCCUGAAGAUCCUGCAGGUGGUGGUACAGGAACCUGGCCAGGUGUUCAAGCCCUUCCUUCCUAGCAUCAUCUCCCUGAGCAUGGAGCAGGUGUAUCCCAUCAUCGCUGAGCGCCCCUCCCCUGACGUGAAGGCUGAGCUGUUUGAGCUCCUUUUCCGGAUACUCCAUCACAACUGGAGGUACUUCUUCAAGUCCACUGUCCUGGCCAGUGUCCAGAGGGGGGCUGCCGAGGAGCAGAUGGAGAAUGAGCCUCAGUUCAGUGCCAUCAUGCAGGCUUUUGGACAGUCCUUUCUCCAGCCUGACAUCCACCUAUUUAAACAAAACCUCUUCUACUUGGAGACACUCAACACCAAGCAGAAGCUGUACCACAAGAAGAUCUUCCGGACCACCAUGCUGUUUCAGUUUGUGAACGUGCUGCUGCAGGUCCUGGUCCACAAGUCCCACGACCUUCUGCAGGAGGAGAUCGGCAUCGCCAUUUACAACAUGGCCUCUGUGGACUUUGACGGCUUCUUUGCAGCCUUCCUCCCCGAGUUCCUGACCGGCUGUGAUGGCAUGGAUGCCAACCAGAAAAAUGUGCUGGGGCGGAAUUUCAAGAUGGAUCGGGACCUGCCCUCGUUCACCCAGAAUGUGCACAGGCUGGUCAACGACCUGCGAUACUACAGACUCUGCAACGACAGCCUGCCCCCGGGCACUGUGAAGCUCUAGGUGGCCUGCUUCCCGGAGGAACUGCCUGCUUCCUGGAGGGCCGCCACCUGCACCACUCGCCUUUCACCACAGCUGUUCACCACAGCUGUCUCCUGGACGAGCCUCGGUCACUCCUUUGACUCUUACACUCUGAGCAGUGUGGCCUGCCCUCCGCCCUCCUCCAUGCAACUCUCCUGCUGCCCACCCAGCAGAACUGGCUGCGGGGUGUGUCUUAGCACUGGUUGGAGAGCCUGGGCAUCUGGGUAGGCGGAGGGCCAUGUGGUUGGGCACCAGGAGAUCCUGCGGGUGCUCCCUGCAGAUCAUGCGCCAGUCAGUCGUGAGACAGAAAUGCCAAGGACCACUGGGACCGUGCCACCUUCUCACCAUUCCACCUCCCUGCCCGCUCCGGCCUCGUCGGCUAUGGAGAGAUGUGAUGUUGGAAUUUUUGGCACUUCUACCAACCCCCUCCCCCCGAUUGCCUUGAAGUCUCUGCUCUGUGUUAGAGAUUGGCAGACUCAUGAGAUUUUUUUGUUCUUGUUUUCUCAUCAUUCCAUUGUGAUACUAAGAGACUAAGAAGCUUAAUGAAAAAAUAAAAUGCUUAUGUUGUUGUUAUAUAAA